CAUAAUUAGACGUCUCUUAAUCAAAUAUAAUCAACGUUCUCGUCUUACAUAGUUAAAGCAGUUGAUUUGGCGUACAAUAUUUAUAAUACUAACUGACUCAACCUGGAAGUAAAAUAAACCUAACUGCGCGACUGUUAUAGCAAAAUAGUACUUUGUGAAGUAAUGUCGCGUUGAAAAAAUAUGGCGAAUAUCUUCUUAAUUUUUAUUCUCCUGGGAUUUGGUGUUGGCCUCUCAACACAAAACACCGACUCUGAUGCAGAGAAAUGUUACAUCGCCGAAAUUGAUAAUUUUGUAAGCAUAGAUUUCUGUUCGGAAGAAGAUGAAGUUGAUAACACGGUUAAACAUCAGGGAGUAUGCACUGCGAAAGAUGGAAAAGUGUAUACUUGCGAACACGGUCAAUGGUCGGGAACCGAUAGCUCUGUCGCAACAUUAAACAGAAGAAAGCGGUUCUUUUGGCUUAUUAUCCCGGUGGUGAUUUGCGGGUUUUUCUGUAGAAGGAGACGAGGGGGAGGUGUGAGGACAAUUACCAAGUAUCCGCCUACAUUCCCAGUACCAUGUACACCAAACGAUAUCCAAAGUAAUUACAACAUUGGUUCCGGAGAGGACAGCGUUGUUGUUAGCUGGACCGUGCCAAGAGCCUCGGAUAGAAAUGGAGGCACACCAAGUGUUACACAAGUUGGUGGUGGUAGAAAUGGAGGUCGAUUCGAUGGAGCUACCUAUGGAAAGACGCACUAUAUUACUUAUAAAGCUACCGACUCCGAUGGCCUUACUGGACAUUGUUAUUUUUCCUUCACUAUCACUGAAUUAACUUGUAAUUCUCCGUCGUGGCCUCCAAAUGGCGCACGAACGUGUGACAACAAGAAUAUUCUCGGAAGUUCAUGUCACUAUACAUGCAAUACUGGGUACCAGCUGACCGGAAGUAGUACAGUCACGUGUCAAAAUGCGGCAUCGCCAUCAUGGUCAGCUGUUCCAACUUGUGAAAAAAUCACCUGUAGUGAGCCGAAUUUCCCUGUGCAUACAACGGCACAGUGUUCAGAUCCAGACUACGGCUACUUGUCGGUAUGUUCAAUGAAAUGUGACGUAGGGUACACCCUGAAAGGAGCUUACUUUAUGCAAUGCCAGGCAGACCGUACAUGGUCAAACGUUGGAGCUACAUCAUGCGUUGAUGAUUCGCCGCCGACUAUUUCGUGCGUAACUCCGCAGAUUUUUUACGCCGACAGAAGUGUGACGACAACUUCAGUUACCUGGCAACUUCCUACAGCGUCUGACGCCACAGACGACAAUCCUACCAUUGUACAAACUUUUGGCCCAACAAUGGGAGCAGUUCUUGAAGUGGGAACAGAAAUAGUAAAGUAUAAGGCAGUUGAUGAAGAUGGAAGCGAAUCUCAAGAAUGUUUUAUACAACUUCAGGUUGAAGGUAGGCAAUGCAUUUUUAACUACAAAUUAGAACAAUUAAAUGCAUUGUGGGAAAUCGCUUGUCCGGAAUUAGAAGCACCAAUUAAUGGAGCUCUAAUCCCAUGA